AUGGGUACCCUCGCCGCACCACGGAAACACUCCCUCCACUUCAUCUUGUCACCGGCGGCCAUGGCCCGUGAUGCCCCCGACGUCCCCGGCGUGACCUCACCCAAGGGUGUGACCGGCACCCCGGUCGCCAGUGCAGCAGCCACUACCGUGCGCCGGCCCAGUCUCACAUCACUGCCCGCCGACGUCCUGGGCAUGAUCGCCUACCACGUCGUCGUGCAGGACAACCACGCCGGCCGGCCCAGCCGCCUCCUGCCGCUCCUCAAGACCAACCGCACCCUCCACUCUGCGCUCAACUUUGACGCCAACCCCGUGCUGUACAACCGCCUGUUCCGCGCGACAUUCGACCUCGGCGCACUGGUCCGCCGCACACAAUGGAUGUUUGACGUCAACACGGACAUUCCAGGCACCUCGCGCAAGACAGAACUGUUUGCCAACCCCCGCUCGUGGGCCAUGGAGUACCGCGACCGCUGGGAACUGCGCAACCGCAUACGCGCGUGCAUCGCUCACCAGUCCGUCAACGUUCCCGGCAUGUCCAACCGCGAGAACAGGGACACGGACAUGUGGGGCCUCUGGUUCUUGUGGACCGAAAACGACGAAAAGAACAUCAUCUUCCUCACAGAAGAGUGCCACUUCCACGAGUGGAUCAUCUGCUACUACAAGGAUGACAUGCUCAAGGACUCGCUCAAGUCGGGCUACCCGCGCGACACGGCCGUAAAGGCCCUGGGUAUCUGGACGGCCUUGCUCUCUGGCAGCGACCUGCUGUCGGAACGCAGUGCGGCCCAGAUCGACGACAAGAUCUUCAUGCUUCGGCCCUACAUCUUCUCGCCCUCUUACGAACUGACAUAUGGGCCCUGGGAACACCGCCGCCUGCCGCUGUGCGACACGGGCUGUACCGAACACGCUCCCAUUUCGCAUUACGCCGCGCCAUACAAGCGCUUUGGCCACAAGCACAUGCGUGCCCCCCCGCACUUUGUGCUUGGCGCCUACCUCGUGUUUAUGCGUCUCCUGGAGCGCCAGCCCGGCCGCGUGGGUCUCAAGUCGGACUCGACCGUCUUCCAGGACACCGGCCGUGGAGUGUUUUCGCUCACCCACAUCAUGAGUUCGCUGUACCACGACACCGAGUGGCAGCGCAACACGGUCUGCCAGGACCCACACACGUCCCCGGGCCUCCCACCACUUACCUUCCACGGCCGCCUGACCGGGUUCUGGCGCGGCAACUUGCUGUUCUACGACUUUGACGCGUACCGCCAAAUGCUCAGCGGCAACAUGCGGUCCCUGUACACGGGCACGUUUGCGCAGCACGCCGUCGAGCUCGACCUGCACGAGACGGUCAUCCGUAUCCGCGCAGAGGACGUCGGCGGCAAGGGCUCGCUCCUCAACUGCGGGUUCGCCGACGAAGAGACCGAGGAGGAGCAGGCCCUCAUCAAGGACGGAUACGGCCACCAGGUGCUCACGGGCGACGCCAUCUAUGCCCGCGAGGCCCCCGGCUGGACAAAGGAGAUUCUCCUGUCGGGCGGCUGCCGCUCCGCCUGGGGCUGGUCGCGCAUCCGCGGACGUGUGCGUGCGUGGGACGGCCUCGUCACAUUGUCCAUUGGCCACUCGCGUCCGUACCCCUGCGGCCAGUGGGUGUGGCGCGGCUACCUCCAGACUGGCGGAUACUUUGUCGGCAGGUGGCGCGACUGCUUCACGCCCGAGACGCAGGCCGGGUACGAAGGUCCCUUUGGUCUCGUGCGCGCCGGCGACCUGUUCUACCCCCCGCACUUUCCGACGACGAUGAACGCGUCUGCGGGCGUCACAAAGCUCGAUUUCGGGCCCAACGGCCCCAACAACAACUCGUCAGCCCUUUCCAAGCGCAAGUACUCGGAGGACGACUACGACGAGCGUGAGCGUGAGCGUGAACGCGAUCGCGAACGCGAGUACGAGUACCGCGCCGGCGCUCCCGACGACAGACGCCGACGACGCGACUACGACUAG